AUGUCGUCGUCAUCUUUUGCGCAAUCAUCAUCACAACAUCAACAACAAUCAGAUCAAGUUCAUUCCUCAUCGGAUCAUCAUCAUCACCACCAAGAAACAACAACAAAACCACUCUCCAAUAAAACCAUGCAACCACCCUCGGAUGAAGGCAAUAUUGAGAGAUAUAAAGUCAAACGAGUCUUGAUCGGAGAGAGAAGAACUCCGAUCAUUUUGCAAAAUUUAAAUGGACCUUGUCCUUUGAUUGCAAUUUGUAAUUUAAUGUCUUUGAGAGGAGAAAAUAUCGGAAUGGAGGAUUAUAUUGAAAAUGGUUUUAUUACAAAUAAUAAUUUGGUGUGCAUCUUGGCUGAAUAUAUGCUCAAAAAGUUCAAUGCCAUUUCCAAGAAACAACAAACGAAUGAAAACGGACAAGAGAUUUUGUUUCAAACUGCUCUCGAUCACUUACCGAUAUUAAAACAUGGCUUGGAUGUCAAUGUGCAAUUUACGGAAGGCGUUAGUGGAUUCAAAACAGAGAAAUCAGAAUUAUCAGUAUUUCAAUUCUUCAAUAUGAAAUUAAUGCAUGGAUGGCUGAUUGAUCCAGAAUUUGAUGUCGAAACAUUUAAAGCUCUCAAAGAAUUGUCAUACAAUCAAGCAGUUGAAAAGAUUGUCCUCAUGGAAGAAUUAACGGCUGCUGAGGAAAAAUUGAGAAAAAAAUUGGAAAGUGACACCUCAACGAACAAACUCACUGGUGAAGGAGUGAAUGGUAUCAAUGUUGAUCAUAUGAUGCAUGACACCAAUGACCACUCUGCAAAACCACUCACAGAAUUUUCAACACCCGAAGAAAUGGCUCUCAAAAUGAGUCCCCAACAGAAACAUCAAAUCAUCAACGAGGGGUUGCUGAUAAAACAAUUCCUCGAAAAUUCAUCCACACAAUUGACAGAAUAUGGUCUUAAAAUGAUCAAUCAAAAUUUAGGAGAACACAAGUUAGCAGUGCUCUUCAGAAAUAAUCAUUUCAGUGUGAUUUGUAAGAUUCAAGAUGCUUUACUCACACUCUGUACAGAUGAGACUUUACUCAAUGAAACGAAUAUUGUGUGGGAAAAUUUAUCUUCCAUCAAUGGAGAAAAUCAACAUUACUAUUUGGGUGAUUUCACUCCUUUCCAAAUGCUUGAAACUCAUUCCCAAAACUAUGAAUAUCAUAGAAAUCAACAAAAUCAGUCGGAAUUGGUGACACAACAAUUACCAUCAUCUCAUGAAGAAUCUGAUUUACAAUUGGCUCUACAACUUCAACAAGAAGAGGAACGGGCCUAUCAGCAAGAAUUGGCUCAACAAAGUCCUCGAAUGCAACAACAAGCCGUACAACAAAGUCCUCGAAUACAACAACGAGUUGUCGAUCCAACAGCUUCACCUGGAAUGGUGUCACAAAGCAGUAGUACUGGCGGUACAUCAUCAAACAAUCCCUAUGAUCGCGACCCAUCCAUUCCCUAUGCAAACGUGUCAACCAUUCGAGAAAAGAAACAUUCAACAAAUCCAAAUGCCAAGUAUGGAUCGAACAACAAGUAUGCCAAUCAAGCGAACCAACUUCGAGAUUUAAAUACUGAACGAAUGAAGCGAGAGCAGCAAAUGAAAGAAGCAGAUCCUAAGGGCUAUGCAAAAAAGUCUAAGGAAGCAAAAAGAAAAUCUGGCGAUGGCUGUAUUAUUUGUUAG